AUGGAGGUGCCUGACGACAAGGAGAACCAGCCGCCUGAGCCCAUAAUCGAGUCGCUAAAGAAGGAGCUUCCCUUGCCCACAGUGCGGUAUACAGACAUAUAUACUCCAGGCCAGCCGACACAGAUUCUAAACUUCGGGGAAAAUGCGCGCUCCCUGUUCAUGCUGGAGAAGCCCACGGAGAAGCGGCUGCGGCUCGUGAUCGCACUCAAAGAGGCCCCACUGACGGUCGAUACUUGGCUGGAACUGCUGCGCUGCCCAUUGGUUGGAAAUCCCGCCAAAUACAGCAAGAUACGACUACUGAAACGUGCUCUGACCUGUGUGGACUCGGAGGAGGCGCGCCAGACUGCAGGAUACACGGAAAUGUGCAUUAUGCUGGCCAAGCUGAGCGAUACUGAGGCUGGAGUGCGACAGAACUUCCAGGAGAUGAAGAAGCGACGAGUGGGUGAGAAGCAACCGCUCUUAUAUGAGGAGGAGGCAGCCUUUGAAUAUGCAGCAGGGAACAAGGACGCGGCGGAGGAGAUUCUGGAACGAGGAGUGGACAAUGACGCACUCACACCGACUCAGAAGGAGCAGUUGCUGAAGAAGGUCAUCGCAGGAAGAGCAGGGUGGGUAGCGGCUUUCUCAGGUUCACCACAAGAACAAAAGGUGCAGGCGUUGAGGACACUUCGACGGACGCAGGACAACAUCACAGUUGAUAAACACAGGAGGCAGACUGGAGUCACUACGCCACGCGUGACGACGCCGCUUCACCCGUCAAUUAUUUCUGCAGAUACGACACCAAUUAGCCGAGGACGAGACGGUCCAGUGGCGGCACCAAUUCGUACAGCGACGACUCCGUCUAAUGCGACACCAUUGACAGGUCCAGUUCGUACGGCGACGACACCGAUUAAUGCAACGCCACUCAGCCAAGCUCGAAAUGGAGCAGGGUUUUCGACCGCGUCGAAAGCGUCGCAUUCUAACAAGUCGCCGCUGCUUACGACGCCCUCAAUCCCCACACGGUCAAGUCUCAAGACGCAGUCCACAUCGAGAAAAACCCGCCAUCUCUUUCAGCUUAACGGCCCACCGCGUCGAGUAGUUGCAUCCAAUGUAAACGAGAGUGACGACGAUGACGAAGACGACGAUGCUAUGAUGGGGAGUCAAGCAACGCCAACCGUAUACAGUAAGGCAAUUACGCCGAUAAAGAGUGCGGAUCCUGCAAGUAGCGUUCCAAAGUCCACGGCGGAAAGCAACAAAAAGCCGAAGAUCAAUGUGGGUGAUAUAAAACACAUUUUAAAGUGGGAUCCCGAAAAAGAGAAAGAGAAGAUGAUGAAGAAGAAAAGCCUUCAAAAUGGUCCUCCUGGCGAUACGGACGUUAAAACCUCGAUUGGUCCACCAACAAAGCCUACAGCAAUGAAUGUGACAUUCAAGACCUCAGUAGAAGAAAUACCACCCGAGAAAGCAAUUGUGACGUUGCCUGAGCCACCAUCAAAAGAGAGCGCAGCAACAGAGUUAUCACCGGAGAGCGAGGAAGUAUUGCCAGUACCGAUGACCACUUCUAUGACCAGCAACAAAUCGUCAGCCCCCGAAACUCGAUCCCCACGAGUGCAUAGGCCAUUUCCAUGGGAAAUUAAGGCAAAUGCUACACGGGUAGACGCGCAGGUACGAGCGAGCAGUACUACAUCGCGCGCGAUCGACUAUUAUCGUUCUCCGAAGCGUCAACAACUGGACCCAGCUGUUCCUGGAGUAGCAACAUAUGCCGACUCGAGCUCGCCUGGUUCUGUAUCGUCGUCGUCAUCCCCGCCAGUGGCUUCAAUGGACAGUGUUUCAUCUCGAGAUGCAUUGGAGUCUUUGACGAGCAAAGUUGUGGUAAACGACCAAAAGUAUAUCAAGCUGGAGCAGAUUGGUAGUGGUGGGAGCAGCAAAGUCUACAGGAUGCUGGGACCAGAUCUCAAGAUUUACGCGCUGAAGAAGAUCAAAUUGAAAAAGCUGGAUGCUCAAAGCAUUGCCCAGUUUACAAACGAGAUCGAAUUGCUGAGAAGAUUGCAAGGAAGCCCGCACAUCAUCAAGCUUAUUGCUGCCGAGCAGGACCUCCAACAGCGGCAGAUCAAUGUGAUAAUGGAGCACGGGGAAAUCGACCUUAGUGAGCGGCUUCGAGACCUACAGGGUGGCAUGGAUGAAAAUAUGCUACGAGUGAUUUGGACUCAAAUGCUUCAAGCUGUGAACGCUAUUCACCAAAAGCGAAUUAUCCACGGUGAUCUUAAACCGGCCAACUUUUUGUUUGUGAAUGGUGCGCUCAAACUUAUCGACUUCGGAAUCGCGAAGACAAUCUCGAAUGACACAACGAACAUUGAACGCGAUAGCCAAAUCGGCACAGUCAAUUUCAUGUCCCCAGAGGCGAUUCAGGGCAACACAGCCCCCAAUGGCCAGCGCGAUCCUCAAGGAAAAAUGAAGGUGGGGCGCGCAAGUGAUAUUUGGUCACUGGGAUGCAUCCUUUACCAGAUUGUGUACUCGAAGCCUCCGUUUGGGGAUGUGCACAACAUCAUCGAGAAGUUUCGUUGCAUUAUUGAUCCGACAGUGCCAAUCAACUUUCCGCCGCUGAAGAACAAGGACCUGGAAGACGUGAUUCGUUCGUGUUUGCAGCGAGACCAUCGUCUCCGACCACCGAUCGAUGGAGAAAAUGGUCUACUACAGCAUCCAUUUCUGCGGGGUGGUGGGUCGAGCGCGGUCGUAGCACCUACCACCACUGUGACCAUGGCCAACGCAUCAGAGAUUCUGUCCCAGCUCGGCGAUUUGUUGCGGUCUCAGGGAGUAGCGACCAGCCGCGUCAACAUGUUCAUGAGCAUUGGCCGAGAUGGCUUACGAAAUGCGGGUAUCGGGGUCUCUCAGAGCAGUGUAUCUCAGCCUCCUCGCUACCUCUACAACACGCAAGAGCGGCGGACGGAUAUUUAA